AUGGACUCCCAGCCAGACCUUCCAAUCCCGAUCUCCUAUGUAUCCGGUAGAUAUCUGUUGUUCUCAAUUGACGCAGUCACAUACCUACGCCGUGAGCAUAACAUCUGCGGCGUGUUGAUCGGGACACUUCCCCAAAUCCCGCAGCAAAAUGUCUUCCUGGGUCUGCCGCUGGAGUUGAUGCCAGAGGAGGCCCGGCUGUUAGUGGACAAGGGUGUAGCUUGCAUCGUAGACGAAACCAAGGCGCACGACAGCAUGAACACACUCUUAGAAGAAGAUCGCAGACGGUACCUGCGCGACCUCGAAGCCCAAGGUCUGCACGCUUCGCGUCUCCACGCAGAUCGCAAAGAACAGCAGAAGGAGCAGGCGUUGAAGAACAGAAUAAACGACAAGAAUGCCAACCCUAAUGCCAAGGCUGCUGCUGCUGCCGCGGCGCAGACACCCGAGGAUGCCCUCUCCACGCCGUCAAAGAAGGACGAUGCUGCCGUCGUCGACCUCUUCGCUGCUGAGGACCCUUCGACUCCAUCCCGGGAUGCCUCGAGCACACCCACACCCUCUCAGAAUGCAAUGGGCAUCACGCCUGCGACAUCGUACCCGCCGCUGUCCAUCCCCCCAUCGUCGAGCCACCUCCCAGCUCCCGCAGUGCCACCUUCCUACCCUCUCUUCGCCCACCUACACUCCCGUGGCUAUUUCCUUUCUCCUGGCCUGCGCUUCGGAUGCCAGUAUACAGCUUACCCGGGUGACCCGUUGCGCUUCCAUUCGCACUUCCUGGUGGUGUCAUAUGACUGGGAUGAGAACAUUGAUUUGAUGGACCUCAUUGUUGGUGGCAGACUGGGCACUGGUGUGAAGAAGGGCUUCUUGAUUGGCGGGGCGGAGAAGACUCUGGAUGAUGUUGAGUCGGAGGCCGAUCGGGUGGACAGUGUCCGGACGUUCAGUCUUGAAUGGGCUGGCAUGUGA